AUUUGAAAUAGUAAACAAUGAAUGUUUAUUUCUUGGAGGUUUUUCAAUAUGAAUACGACUGUUAGUUCUUUCCAUUUCAUCAUGUUAUAUUUAUCUCAUUAAAAGAAUUGACUCUUUAGUUUCAGUAAUGAAAAUAAGACAUGAUAGAAAGAAAUACCAUCAAUAUAAAUGAUAUUAACAAAAGAGAGCAUUUACCAUUGGAUGGCCAAUGUAAAAUUAUCCAGAAUAUUAUUGUUAGUUACUCUUGCUCUGGUUAUUGUACCUUUGUUUACACAUUAUUACAUUUCAAAUGUGGAAAAGGAUAGGGAUAAGCCUUUACUGGAUGUUCAUCGAUCCAGGACCAAACUUGAGGCAUAUGAAGAUUAUAGUUCGUUGAAAGCUUCUGAUCUAAAGAUGCGAAUUCAAGAAAUGCUUCGUAUAAAAGGAUCAGUGAGUACAGAACUCCGUGACCUUGAGGCUAAAAGACAACGAUUACAGUCUGAUGUGGCAUCUCUUACUCAUAAAAUUGAACAGCUUAAAUCUGAAUUAAGUCGACAACAAUCUGAAUUGAAUAGACUGAAAUUAUCGGUCCAGCAGGCACAGGUGGCACAAAAGGAAGCAGUUCAGCGAAACAGCCCUGAGUUGGCUCCUCCUUUACCUCUUUUAGCUUCAUCUACUCCUGCUUAUUUUCCUCCUCCUAUCAAUCCAUUAUCUUGCACAAUGACGAGUUGUUUUGACCAUUCCCGCUGUUCAUUAGCUUCUGGAUUUCCUGUUUUCCUUUACGAUACAAAUUCAUUUCCUGCUUCUCAGUUUCUUCGUACUGCUGUUGUGCAGACUGUGGGGUACAAUCCGCAUUUUACCACCAGUGCUGCCAAUGCUUGCAUUUAUCUUGUACUUAUAGGAGAAGGUGAACACCCUGAUUUGGAUCGUCUUAAGCAUUUGCCUUACUGGGGAGGUGAUGGUCGUAACCAUGUUCUUCUUCAUUUAUCAAGAAGUGACCUUAGAAAGGAAAGUUCCUUAGAGCCAAACACUAAGACGGGUCGUGCUAUGAUAGCUCAGUUUACUCACAUUCACUUUAGAAGAGAUUUUGACGUAGUGUUAGGAGUUGCUUCAGGACCACCAGGCGGCGAUGUUUGGGCAGAUGCAGCUAGUAUGCUUCCAGCUAGGAGACGUUACCUUUUUACUUUCCAGGGUGUGCCACCAGUUCAUUCAUCUUCAUAUUUUAACAUGAGUGAGCUGGAAUCAUAUAUAUCUCAAACAUCUGAUGAAAUACUUAUCGAAACUCAGUGCUCUGCUGAUGAAACAGUUAUGAAUAGUGCUGGAGAGUGGGGAUUGUGUGGUUCUGAAGAGUCUCGGGCUAAUUUAAUUAAGCAAAGCACAUUUGUGUUAUUACCUGCAAAAUCAAGCAGUCCAGUGCUUGGUGCACGUCUUUAUGAAGCUCUAAAAAAUGCAGCAGUCCCAGUUCUUAUUGGAGAUGCACCUUUACCGUAUGAAGAGGUGGUUAGGUGGAGAGGAGCAGCUUUAAGGAUAUCACUCCCACGAAUACCUGAGCUUCAUUUCUUUGUUCGAUCUCUUCCUGAUUCAGAUAUCCUGUAUAUGAAGCGGCAGGGAAGGCUGCUUUGGGAGCGCUAUGCAUCUUCACUGCAGGCAAUAAUGGACACUUUACUUGCCCUAAUAAGGGACAGGCUUCAGCUUCCUCCACCGCCUGCUGUUGAAAGUCCAGCUCCUUCUGCUUUUCCAGAAGGCUUUCAGCCAUUGAAGUCUGAACCAGUCGUUGCUGAGGCAGAACCUGAAGAAAAUCUUGGACCCUUAGAACCCCCCUAUCCAUCUCCAGCUUUCAGACGAAAUUUGUCAAUAUUUCUGUCUCAGGGAUAUGAAAUGUGGAAUGUGUGGGGCGAUCCAUUUCGACAGUAUCCACAACUGCCUUUUGAUCCUGUUUUGCCUUCAGAUGCAAAAUUUAUUGGUUCUGGUAUGGGUUUUCGACCAAUUGGAGCAGGUGCUGGUGGAUCAGGAAAGGAGUUCAGCGAAAGUCUUGGAGGGAAUUCUCCCAGGGAGCAGUUUACAAUAGUCAUACUGACCUAUGAAAGAGAACAGGUUCUCAUGAAUUCUCUUAACAGUCUUCAUGGACUACCUUAUCUGAAUAAAGUGGUAGUUGUAUGGAAUUCACCAAGACCUCCAUUACAAGAUUUGAGGUGGCCAGAGAUCGGAGUGCCAGUUCAUGUCGUGAAGGGAAGCAGAAAUAGUCUUAAUAAUAGGUUUCUGCCUUAUGAAGCAAUCGAAACUGAAGCUGUUCUCCAAAUUGAUGAUGAUGCUCAUCUAAGGCACGAUGAGAUCAUUUUCGGCUUUAGAGUUUGGAGGGAAGAGCGAGACAGGAUUGUUGGUUUUCCAGGAAGAUACCAUUCUUUAGAUCUUAAUUAUGGGGGAUGGUUGUACAACUCAAAUUACUCGUGUGAACUUUCUAUGGUUCUAACAGGAGCUGCCUUUGUUCACAAGUAUUAUAUGUAUCUAUAUACCCAUUGGCUACCCCAAGCUAUCAAAGACAAGGUUGAUGAAUUUAUGAAUUGUGAAGACAUAGCUAUGAAUUUUCUUGUUUCUCACAUUACAAGAAAACCUCCUGUCAAGGUCACUUCUAGAUGGACUUUCAGGUGUCCUGGAUGUCCUGUGUCUCUUUCAGAAGAUGAUACACAUUUUCAAGAACGACAUAAAUGUAUUAAUUUCUUUACUCAGGUUUUUGGAUAUACACCUUUGUUGAAUACCCAGUUCAGAGCAGAUUCUGUUUUGUUCAAGACGAGGAUACCUCAUGAUAAACAGAAAUGUUUCAAAUUUAUAUAGUCUUCUAGUUCUUUUUAUGUUCAACAAUUUUUAUUACUGUUAUAUUCAACUCCUUGAGCUUUCUGUAUACAAAUUUUGACUAGCAAUAUGAGAUGAAAAUGAUUAUCAAGUAGAAGUAAUUCUUUGGUCAAUAAUAAAAACAUUGACACUAUUGAUAAAUCAAUGAAACUUAAUAUUGUUCUUAUUAUUUAUUUUAAUUGAUGCUUCUUCUGAUUGACUACAAACAGAUUCUUAUUC